UUUCAGAUUGUUAUUUUUGUGAAAAAAAAAAGAUGUUGUAGCAAGUGCUUUUAAGGAUGUCUGCAGAAGAUGAGCCUAUCAAAGAAGUUGAAAUUCCACGUAAAGUUGGCAUGAAGGAAAAACUUCAAGCUGAUCCAGGAUUUCCAGUUUCAGUUGUGUCAACAGUAGUUGGCUUUACCCUAUCAAAUGUGUUCUUUUACGGCAUUACAGGAAAUCCACGUGCUGGCAUGCUUGCUGGUUUGAUAUCAAUUCCAUUUUGUAUCAUAACAAAUAUCCUGGAUACGGAACAGGAUUAUAAAAUAUGGAAGGAAACGGAAGGAAUGAGAGCACGUGGUUUACCAGAAAUAUUAAUUCCAAAGAAGGCGAAAUACGACUGGGAUUAUUAUGAACCAAUGCGAAAGGAAAUCGAACGAUUUUAUAAUUAUAAUGUGGAAAAUAAACAAGAAGCCAGUUAACUUUCGUUCCAACAUUUCCGUAAACAGUCCCAAAAAUAGAUCUUCCUUCUUUGUACCUGAUUUUUAAUCCUUAUGCCUGACAAUUUGUCUUUGAUUCUCUUGAAAAUGACAAUUAAAAUAAGUUGCCAUUUGAAGUAAAAUUUCACUCAUGUCGAAAUAUAAUGUUAUCUAAACGAGAUUGCCAUAUGGAGUGGUUCUAUAUCUCAUACUGUUUCAAUAUUUUAUUGUUCUCUUGUUAAUUAGGUUCUUGCGAAGAAAUGUUUCAAGUUAGGCAUAUAGGGUUGAUAUUUAACAGUAUAUGAUGUAUGAAUUGUUUAAAUUUUCAACAAUAAAUGUUUGUCAACAAAUCGUCGGAUUGAAAUUAGCUGGAUGGUAUUUCGAAAAAAAAAGAACAAUGCGUUAGUUGGUGAUAAAUUUUGUCUUGUUGAAAA